GAAAAAAAGUUAGUUAGGUUAGUGAAGGGGCUGUGAUUUUUUUAUGCGCAGUACAGUCACCACCAAUGUCUGCAUCAGAAGACCCGUAAACCUUUGUGAGAGUCAUACGGACACCGCGUAAAGACUUUAGACACUUUGGAAGAAGUUUAAAGGACAAAGUUGAGUAGAUAUGCGCGUUUCCAGAUUUAUUGCUGUGUUCUCGGCAAGCAGAAAAACACAGCGCUGUCUACUUUCGUCGCAAGGCUUGGAUAACUAAUAACGUGGACGGACACAGAAAGGAGUCGGGCUGCUUGGAUUUUAAGUUUUUGACGUUUUAUGACUGCAGUUUCUUAUUGAACGUUUUUCACUCGGAUAAAAACAAGAGCAGAUUUCGCACAGAAAACAGGACAUUUAUUUUGGAGCCAUGGAUCCGAGCCAGCACAACCCUCCUGUCGGUCAUCAGAUCGUACAUGUUCGGGAAAACUCUGAGACCGAUUUGGAAGCUCUUUUUAACGCUGUGAUGAACCCGAAAAACAAUAUCGUCCCUCCUUCUCUGCCUAUGAGGAUGAGAAAGCUGCCAGACUCCUUCUUCAAGCCACCAGAGCCAAAGUCCCACUCUAGACAAGCCAGCACAGAUGCAGGUACCGCCGGUACCCUCACACCCCAGCACGUCAGGGCACACUCGUCUCCCGCCUCCCUGCAGCUGGGUGCAGUUUCCCCCGGAGCGUUGAACAGCAUGGGUCAAGCAAACCCCCCACCUCAGCAUCUCCGCCAGUCAUCGUAUGAGAUACCCGACGAUAUACCACUGCCCCCAGGCUGGGAGAUGGCCAAAACCCCUUCGGGCCAGAGAUACUUCCUAAACCACAACGACCAGACAACCACAUGGCAGGACCCUCGCAAGGCCCUCCUUCAGAUGAACCAGGCCGCCCCGGCCAGCCCAGUGCCUGUUCAGCAACAGAACAUCAUGAACCCUGCCUCAGGUCCUCUUCCUGAUGGCUGGGAACAAUCUAUAACCUCAGAAGGAGAGAUCUACUACAUCAAUCACAAAAACAAAACCACCUCUUGGCUGGACCCACGACUUGACCCACGUUUUGCUAUGAACCAGGGGCGGAUUUCUCAGAGUGCUCCGGUAAAGCAAGGCUCCCAGUUGCCCACCAGCCCACAGAGCGGAGUGAUGGGUGGAAAUAACCAGAUCAGACUGCAGCAGAUCCAGAUGGAGAAAGAGAGACUGAGACUCAAGCAGGAGCUCCUUCGCCAGAGACCACAGGAGCUCGCGCUGAGAAACCAGCUGCCUACCAGUAUGGAGCAGGAUGGCGGCACCCAGAACCCCGUCUCCUCACCCGGCAUGGGCCAAGAUGCCCGCAACAUGACCACCAACAGCUCUGACCCUUUCUUGAACAGUGGGACAUAUCACUCCAGGGACGAAAGCACAGACAGCGGCCUGAGCAUGAGCAGUUACAGCGUCCCCCGCACCCCAGACGACUUCCUCAACAGUGUGGAUGAGAUGGAAACAGGCGAUAGCCUUGGCCCUGUCUCCAUGGCAACACAACCCAGCCGCUUCCCUGACUACCUGGAUGCCAUCCCGGGCACAGAUGUGGACCUGGGCACCCUGGAAGGCGAGAGCAUGGCAGUAGAGGGUGAAGAGCUGAUGCCCAGCCUCCAGGAAGCCUUGAGCUCCGACAUCCUCAACGACAUGGAGUCCGUGCUCGCGGCUACCAAGAUUGACAAGGAAAACUUUUUGACCUGGUUAUAGAGCAUCUGAUGCCAGCACUACGCCUUCUCUUCCAACAUGCUGAACUGCUGCCUAGUCCAAUCUGUGAAGGAUGUGUAGAUGCGUCGAGUUGAAAAGAAAAGACAUUUCACCUGGACAUGUAAACGUGGUUUUUUAUUCCCUUUUCUUAACUUCCUUUCACGACCUUUGGCCGGUUUUGAAAGCAGACCUUACGUCCUUUGUGCGUUUUAUUUCGUGCGUCUUUUUUGUGUCUGCAUCCUCAAGGCUGGGCCAUGAACAGACAAGUAUUCACCCAAAUCCGUAUCAUGGCAGUGCUAUACGACGACCUGUCAUUGUGUGUCUGAUGGAGACGAAUCCGUGUCCUUUACCCUCGUGAACUCCUUAUGCGAACAGAGCCAAGAGGCUCAGACAAGCCCUUAAAUCGACCACCACAUCCUCCUGUGACUGUAAAGUGCGUCGUCUGAACACAACCUUGAUCUCGGCUCUCACGCGCGAGUCCGAGAAACCAAAAAACGAGGAGGUCGUCGUCGGAUUUGCGGUUUAAUGAUUGAAAGGUUCAAAUCGAAUGGUUUCAACGUGUCGCUUUGAUUAAACAAAUACUGCUGCUUGGCUGUGCCAGCAAUAUUACACUAGAAACUUGUAUCUAAUCAAGUGCCUUCGGUCGUGUUUCUCAGAGAAAAGAUCCUGUCAUUUUACAUUCAUUUAUCAUAGAUCAAACACUUUGUUUUUCCUUGUUUCAUUAAUCAAAGUAUUUCUUGAAAGGUUUUAUGAAAAUGAAAUUAUGUCUGGAAGUUGGGUUUAUUUUUAAGAACCCUAGUCUCUAUGUGUCAGUUUUAUUUAAGCCUAAAUCUGUUUCUUGAGGGUAAUGGCAUUCGUAUGUGAUCAAAGAACAAUUUUCUUUUUCCUUUUGUUUAAACCGAUGUUAACAGAGCUGCCUUUUAGUACAACAUUUUACAGAAGACACUGAAUAGAUUGACUAUCAUUUCUGCUUCAUUGUAAUCACAGAUGAUCAUUAGGUGGAAGUUUUUUCUUAAGCCGAUAUCUUUUUUUUAGCUUAUGAUUUUAGUAUAUGUUCUUGCGUACUGUUUUUAAUGACAAUAUCUCAGCAAAAAAACACAGAACAAAUAUUAAAGGGCACUUUGAUCAAACGUAGCCUUUAAACAAACAUCUCUCAUUUGAGAUCAGUGCCAGUUGAGGUUGUUGCUGAGACAGAUAUGGGGCAGGAUGGAAGGUUCUGAUACGUUUUAGAUGGGUAGAUGAGCAUGUUUUGAGGGGGAGCUGUUAGCGUGAACAUGAUUUGGUAACCGUGGAUAUGAAUGAUAGACUUCAAGGAAGCAAUCAGUUAUGAUUUCUGCCAGGAUUUUACUCAACGAGGCUUCCAAAGACUGUUUUUAAUCAAUUGUUUUCUCUUGAUAUGAAAGGGCAAUGAACGUAAUUUAUCAUACUUUUGUGUACACAUAGGCAUAAGCUAAUGGGAAAUGGUCUAAAUGAUUUUGUGAGGGUAUUUCUGAUGAAGCAUGAUUUGACAGAUCCUCGCAUGCUGUUAUAACUAAAGACACUAUGAACAGGUUACCUAGAACGGCCUUUUUGUUACAUGGUUUACAUUAUUUCACAGUAGUCGAACACUACAGGGACUUGUCGGUUUGAUGAUUUGCAUACAGUACAAAUGAAUAUUUCCUCAUGUUUACAAGACCUUUACACUACAAUGUUAGCUCAACUGGCCCAUAUCCUCAAUGUAUUUUACAUGUAUUUUUUUAAAGGUGAAGAUUUAUGAUUAUGAUAUUCUGUGGUCUGUUGGGGGGAAUACACCAUCAAGGUCUAUAACUCACUUGCCUCAGUAUGAAAAAUGUUAUGGUCAAAUUUUGAUCAAAUUUAGACAUUCUAGAGAGAAGAAAAGAAAAAAGACAAGCUAAAAGAAAUAUCUAUUUUUGCAAACAGAGUAUUGAUGGCAGACUGGUGGGAAAACGUGUCUGAGAGCAAUGCAACAAAAUGUUUUCUGAACUGUUGGUACAGUGCUGGUAUUGCACGUUAAUAGAACAUUGUGUCAAAUGUGUAUUUCACUUAAACAUGAUUUUAUGCUUGCUUAGUGUGAAACUGUUCAGAAUAUAUAGUAACUGUUUACUUUUUGUGUAGUGGUAGUACUAAUCACACAAGUUAAUGGAUUGGUAUUUAGAGUUCUUUAAAUGCACCCAGAAUGAAUUUAAAUACAUUUAUUAUGAUCUCUUUUUUUUAAUCAAUGUAUGUGCAUGUACCUUAGAACCUUAUGUUCCGUUACAUUGUAUCUCUUUACAUAUUACUUUAAAUUGGCCUGGAAUAAAGUAUAUACUUUGGUAAAUACUGUCUAUUAAUCGGUUUAUGCAUUUUUAAUGAAACGUACAGUAUAUUACACAAUGUAUUGUAUCUAGACAAAUAAACAAUAGGUUUUGCUUCUUCUG